AUGAAGACAGAGAACCACACAGGGGUGAGGGAAUUUAUUUUCCAGGGUUUCACCAGUUUUCAUGAACACAAGCUCACUCUCUUUGUGGUUUUCCUUACCUUGUAUCUUUUAACCUUGUCUGGUAAUGUCAUCAUCGUGACAAUUAUCAGCAUUGAUCGACGCCUUCACACCCCCAUGUACUUCUUUCUUACUGUGCUUUCCACUUCAGAGACUCUGUACACAUUGGUCAUUGUACCUCGGAUGCUGUCCAGUCUCGUGGGCCUGAGCCAACCCAUCUCCUUGGCUGGCUGUGCCACCCAGAUGUUCUUUUUUAUCACUUUGGCCAUCAACAACUGCUUUCUGCUCACAGCAAUGGGAUAUGACCGCUAUGUGGCCAUCUGCAACCCCUUGAGGUACAUGAUCAUCAUGAACAAGAGGGUGUGUGCCCAGCUGGUGUGGGGGGCCUGCAGCAUUGGGGUGUUUGUGGCCACAGUUCAGAUUUCCUCUGUGUUCAGGCUGCCCUUUUGUUACAGAAAGGUGGCCCAUUAUUUCUGUGAUAUCCGCCCAGUUAUGAAACUCUCCUGUGUCAACACCACUAUACAUGACAUAAUUAAUUUCCUUGUCAGCUCACUCGUCAUUGUGGUGCCCAUGGUUUUGGUCUUCAUCUCCUAUAUCCUCAUCAUCUCCACCAUCCUCAAGAUUGCUUCUGCCGAGGGCCGGAAGAAGGCUUUUGCAACUUGUACCUCCCAUCUCACUGUGGUCAUUGUCCACUAUGGCUGUGCCUCUAUCGCCUACCUCAAGCCCAAGUCAGAGAACAUGAGGGAUCAGGACCAGCUGAUUUCAGUGACUUACACGGUUUUCACUCCUCUCCUUAAUCCUGUGGUGUACACUCUAAGGAACAAAGAGGUCAAAGAUGCUCUUUGCCGUGCUAUUGGCAAAAAACCUCUUGCUUAG